AACAUUUCGUGUAAACAAGAGGGUGAAAAUCGUCAAUUCUUUUUCAUUUUCUUUCCCCUCUUCGCCGAUGGCUUCCUCGUGAGCCUCCUUGUUCACAGCCAUGGAAGCCAUGGCCUCCUUUCUCUCUCUAGGGUUCACGUUUGAGUAUAAACGCCCUUCUGGUUUCUCUCUCUAGACGUUACAAAAAGCAGUUUUCCCUGAAGCAUACGCUUUGGUCUUUUCCUAUACCGAUCUUUGCCUCCAUUGCCUUCUCUCUCUUCACCAACUCUUUCUCUCUCUAGAAUUUCAUUUUGGGCGGAAAAGGUCCUUAUUCAAUUCCAGAGGGUGUGAUACUUGGCAAGGUUGGUUUCAGAGAACCAAAGCUUUGGACCACCCGCUUUUGGUUGCCUUGACUUUCUCCCUCUUCUCACUUUCUCUCUCUAGAGUUUGGACUCUGAUGGUGAGAGAAACCCUUAAUGUACAUCUAUUGUUUUUUACUGGAGGGAUUUUGGGAAGGUGGGUUUCACGAAAACACAGCUUUGUGACUUCUGCUUGUGGCUGUGAUGGCGUUUCUCUCUCUAAAAUCGGGUCCCUCAAAGAGAGAUUAACCACUUGUGGAGUUCUGGGUUUUCUUAGCGGGAAAUAAUUGCAGGGUGGGCCUCACAUAAGCUGCGGUCUGGGCAUCGUCUUCUUCGCGCUGGGUGUCUUUUCACUUUCUCUCUCUAGAUUUGGGGCUUUCAGGCGCCAUUGUGUUUACCUUUUUUAUCUCUGGAAUUUGGGCUCUCUGUAAGUGCUUCGUUUGUAGUUCUGAGUUCUUUCUACCCAUUUGGGCGCUCUGUGAGCAAGCAUUACUGAGAUUGGUUUCACGAAACUACCUCCUCCUCAAAACAUUUCUCAGUUGGAUUUAAUAAAACCACCACUGACGGCCUCCUGAAAACAUUUCUCAGUUGGAUUUAACAAAACCACCACUGACAGCCUCCUGAAAACAUUUUUGAGUUGGGUUUUCACAAAACCACCAUUGGCAUCCCCCUGAAAACAUUUAUCAGGUGGCUUUUCGCAAAACCACCACUGGCAUCCUCCUGCUUGUGCCCAUAUUCUUCCUUUCUCUGCCCGGAAAUUUUCUCGAUUCUCUCUCUAUAAUUUGGGCUCUGAAAGAGAUAAAAGCCCCUGUGUACUGCCUGGUUUCUCCACCCUGAAAAUAUUGGUAGUGUGGGUUUCAUAGAACCAAGCUUUGGGUCUCUUCCCCUUUCUCUCGCUAGAAUUUGGACCUUGCAAGCGAGAGAAGCCCCUUUCGUUCUUCUGGAUUUUCCAGCUGGCGAGAUGUAGGGAAGGUGGGUCUCAGAAAGCCACAGCUCUGAGCCUUCAUCUGCUCGCUUCGGCCAUUGAAUGUCUCGCUCUUCUCCCUCUCUCUCUAUAGUUUGGCUCUGAAAUGCAGUGAUGCCCCUCUAAUUCUCAAAAAUGAUAGGUGGGCGGGUUUCUGAGAACCACAUCUCUAGGCCUCCCUCCAUGACAGCCUCCCCUUCUCUCUCAAGACUUCAUGAAACAGCACGAGAGAGAGAUAACCCUCUCUAGCCAUUCUGUUCUUUUUCAUUACAUCAAAUAUCAGGUAGAGAAAGAAACCCCACAAAAGAAAGAUAUAUAAAGAGGGGCAAUCCCCUCAUGCAAUUUUAGUUUUUCUUUUCACUUGAUCAAAGAUGUCAGGUAUAGAAAGGAAGCUCGUGGACUGGAACGAGGAAUUCGUAUCACAAGAGAGAGGUGGAAGAAUAGUCCAUUAUUAUGUGAGAGAUGAUUCGGGGAACUCGGUUCUGGCAGUGGUGGGAACCGAGAGGAGUGUUCGUCACAUGGUUUAUGUUGUUGCAGAGGGAUUCAUGGAGUCUGAAUGGUUUCAAAGGCCCCCGACGAGUAGCAGUAGCAGUGGCAAUGGCUCCUCUUUCAAGUGGAGGUCGAAGAGAGAGGUGGUUGAUUGGCUGUCUUCCUUGCUUUCUGAUGGCAACCGCACAUUGAAAUCCCCAGUUAAUGUGACAACUCGCAUUUCAGAAUGUGAUGCUUCAGUCUCUGGAUUUGACGAACGUGAGAUCUAUCACAAUCGUAAGGGCCUUUUUGCAAGAAAGCUCAAGGGCACUGGGGAUAUUGUGUGGUCUAGUGAGGUUUGGACCUGUGGUAAACAGCUAAGGCAUUACCACUCAUUUUGCCGAAAUGGAACUCUUAUAACGAUCCAUUCAUUUGUCCUCGUCAUGUCAGUUGAGGGGGACCACCAUCUUGCAUACAUAGAAGACAUGUACGAAGACAAGAAGGGCCGGAAAAAGGUCAAAGCUCGGUGGUUCCACCAAAACCAAGAAGUUGCAGGCAUGAUUUCCCCACCCCAACCCCACCUAUACGAAGUAUUCAUAACCCCACACUCGCAAGUUCUCAGUGCCGAAUGUGUUGAUGGCCUUGUUCCUGUCUUGACUCCCAAGCACUAUGACCAAUGCUUGGCUGCACUUCCUCCCACUUUUUCAGGCCGAACCCACCUUUGCUCUCGCCAAUUUGGUAAUGGAUCAGUUAAGCCCUUUGAUGUAAGUAAACUUCAUGGCUACUAUAACCAAAAAAUCCUCUCUUGUAUUGAUCUUUAUACUAUCUCUAAGUACGAGUUAACUUGCAAAAGCCCGAUACCAUAUGGAGAAGAGGAAGCUGGGCAUAUAAAGGUGGGACCCAGAAAAAGUAGGAGUUCUAGAGGGCGUCAAAAAGGCCUGCCAGAACAAACUCAAGUUGAGGUUUUGGAUACAGUAAACGGGUUAAUUGGUGUGGAACCAGUUGAUCAAUGUUCGAGGUUUGGGAGGCAUGAGGAGCCUUUUGGGGUCAAGCAAAUUGGACAAGAGACUUGGGCCUCACAACUAUUCAAGACUAAGGAUAAGAUAGAGGUACUCUGUCAAGAUAGUGGGAUCAGGGGCUGCUGGUUUAGGUGCACAGUUUUGGAGGUAUCUCGGAAGCAGCUGAAGGUUUGCUAUGAUGAUCUUUUAAGCGAAGAUGAAAGCGGGAACUUAGAGGAAUGGGUACCUGCCUUCAGGCUAGCAGCUACUGAUAAGUUGGGAAUGAGAUGCUCAGGGCGCCUCACUGUUCGUCCUUCUCCUCCAGAAAGUCUUUGUGGGAGCCCUUUCAGGAUUGGGACCCCAGUUGAUACUUGGUGGAAUGAUGGUUGGUGGGAAGGAGUGAUUGUUCGGAUCAGUGAUGAUGGAAUUGAUACUCUUCAAGUUUAUUUCCCUGGUGAGGAUGUGUUAUUGGCCUUCCAAAGAGAAAAUUUGAGGAUUUCAAAGGAUUGGGUGAGGAAUAGAUGGGUGGAUGUGAAAGAGAAGCCUGACAUACUAUCUUCCAUGACUGACAUCAGCUCGUCCCCAAAGCUUCUCGCAUGGUUGCAAGAAACUAGAAAGACCUAUUCAAGUGCACGGACCCAAUUCAGUGGUUCAAAGGAUGAGGAUACUUCCAGACAUGAUAGAGAUGAUGAUGGUGAUGAUUUUGAUGAUGAUGGUGAUGAUUUUGAUGAUGAUGAUGAUGAUGAUGAAGAUGAAGAUGAUGAUGAUGAUGGUUUUGGUAAUGAUGGUAGUGAUGAUGGUGGUAAAGAUGGUAAUGAUGAUGAUGGUGAUGAUGAGGAGGAGGAUAAGCUGGAGUCAAAGAGGUUGAAGUUGGAUAAUGGAGUAGUCACAGGAUUGAUGGCUAUUGUUGAGGUGAAUUCCUAAAUAAUUUGAGUGGUGAAUUCGCCUUGGUAGUUUGAGAUUGUGAAUAUGUUAGUUGGGUAAGAUAGAUGUUGGCUGUUUUUUUUGUUUUUUCUGGGUGAGUUAGUGGGGAAAUGGCCCCUACCCUUGGUAGGAAUUGAACCUAGGACGUAGCAUUGCAAAUUGUCAAGUGCUAACCGAUUAAGCCUGGGCUCUUUUCCUAACAGCUGUUUGUUUGAAUUCAUGAAUCCCGAUGAAAGAGGUUUUAGGUAAUCUUUGAAUGUACAUAAGUUAGUUGUUGACAGCUGGGAAACGUAGAAGUUUGGGUAUUGGGGAGGGGUGUGGUUUUGUCUACAUUGAAAGUUCCAUUACAAACUCGCAAAUUUAGAAGAAAAGACUCGUGAAGAAUAAAUUCAUGUGCUUGUGUCA